CUAAAUUGCAAUGCCCAAUACGAAACCAUACGAAAUACUUCUUAUAUCACUAUGUUCAUUGCAGCUUGGACAUUGAAACAGGGAAAAGGAAAAAAUGGCAUCUUUGAAUAAGUCACUAAAAUUUAUGCUCUUGAUGAUCUUGUGCUUGGGCUCAGUUUCUCCAUCGGUAAGAUCUGAUAAUGGUACGAAGAAUUUGGUUGAUCAGUCAAAUUGUUUGAAUGUGCCAAUUGAUCAUUUUGUAUCAUCGAUAAAUUCUACGAUUCAAAAACUUUGGAAGGUCACCUUUUUUGUAUCCAAAUUCAACAACACUUCACGACAUGAUCUCCAGGUGUCCGGUUCCCUUUCGCAUUGCCUUGAGCUGCUUAAUACCUCAGCUGAGGAAUUAGGCUGGACAGUUGAAGCUUUACUCAAUUACGAUACAGAGAUUGGUACGGGCGAUCUAAGUUCUGAUUUGAGGACAUGGUUGAGCAGUGUCCUCGUGAACCUUGACUCUUGCGAAGAAUCAUUUGACCAUGGCAACAGUACUAUUGAAACUUCAUUGGAAAAUGAACUCAACAAAGUAGCCUCAUCUGUUACACAAACUAUUGGGAUGGUGGAUCCAAAAUGCCACGCGCGUGAUGAAACCUGUAGGCCUUUUUGGUUAGAAAUUCGACGCCGAAAACUCAUAUGGGCCGAUAAGGAACCGGUCAAUGUGGUCGUGGCCUUGGACGGUUCCGGCGACUUUACAAGCAUCAAUGAUGCAGUGAAUUCCGCCCCGGAUCGAUCUCCGGAGCGGUUUGUUGUUUACGUGAAGAAAGGUGUUUAUAAGGAGUACGUGAAAAUCAACAAGGAUAAAUGGAAUAUAGUGAUGAUCGGGGAUGGCAUGGAUGCUUCAAUCAUUUCCGGUAACAGAAGCACCGUGGACGGUCGCAGAUCCUAUGAUACCGCUACCUUUUGCGUGAAGGGCCGAGGAUUCGUCGCAAAAUACAUCACGUUCGAGAACAAGGCCGGACCGGAAAGGCACCAAGCAGUUGCCUUCCUGUGCGACGCCGAUGUUUCCGCCCUAUACAGAUGCGGCUUUAAGGGUUACCAAGACACCCUGUAUCCCCACAAGUACCGCCAAUUCUACAAAGAGUGCGUCAUCACCGGCACCGUUGAUUUCAUCUUCGGCCGCGCCUCCGCCGUGUUCCAGGACUGCCAGAUCAUUGCCCGUAAAGGUCUACCCAAACAGAAGAAUGCCAUCACAGCACAAGGGCGCAAACAUUUGUCCGAAUUCUCAGGCUUCUCUUUACAGUCAUGCAGCAUCACCGUGUCGCCGGAAGUCGUGGCGGAUUCCGUGGAGACGUACUUGGGCCGGCCCUGGAAAGAGUACUCGACGACGGUGAUCAUGCAGUCCAACAUUAGCUCCGCGAUUUCUCCUCAGGGAUGGUUACCCUGGGCCGGGAACUUUGCGCUGGAUACGCUUUAUUAUGGAGAGUAUAUGAAUCGUGGAAGUUGAGCUGAUGUGAGUAGAAGGGUUGAGUGGCCGGGUUUCCAUGUGAUUACGGAUGCGGCGGUGGCUAAUAGUUUCACGGUGGAGGAUUUGAUUGCCGGAAACUCGUGGUUGUCUUCUACAGGGAUACCGUAUAAACCAGGAUUGUGACAAAAAGAAACAAAUAUGGCACUAAACAUCCAUUUUUCUCGUGCCUAUGGUUUCUUAAUAUUUGUAUCCGAAUGGAAAACUCAGCAUAUUAUCUUUUCCACUUGGUUGAACUAAAACUAUAUUUCCUCUGUCUUUGAAAUUUACAUUACGAUUUGUGAAUUAUAAUGUUUUUUAAUGUGAUUCACAGAGCGGAC